CUUUUCUACAGUGCACAGCAGUGGUGAUGACGAUGGUGACGAGCCCACACACCACCACCACCACCACCAGCUCCAGCUCCGGCAGCACCCGCGCAAGCGGCGGCGGUGUCUGCGUUGCGGUUGCCAGUAUGGAAGAGGCAAGGUCAUCACAGCACUGCCAACACAUCCGCUGUAAGCAGUGGCGGAUACACAGGUGCGGCAGGCCUGAGCGAACUCAGACGCCGCGGCGUGCGGGGAUAACGACGCUGCCCGUGAUCACUGUCAUCAUCUUGUUCGUGUGCGUGGCACAGCAGCACCAUGUGGUGCGCGCAGAGCCCCGCGUGGAUGGUGCUGGCGCUGCCCAGCCCCAGAACGCGGGGGUGCCGUCGCGAGCAUCGUCGUCAAAGAACAGGGCCAUUGGGUAUCUGGACGAGCUUGAGUUUCAAACACAGUGCACGAACAAGCACCUUGGCAUGCACCUGUUCCAGUUUUCACGGGACUCCCUGAAGCGGACCCGGCAGUUUGCCAGCGCACCAGGGGAUGAGAUUUCCACUGGCGCGUUCCUGGGGCGGGAUCUGACGUUUCCAGCAAGCUUGACAGACCUGCCCGUGUCCUUUGACAUUGUGUCGAGCGGGCACGCUGCCUCGCACUACAGCGGCAUCGUGUAUGGGCACAUGCACGACACGGCCGGCGAAGAGCAUGCUGUGCUUCAGGUCAACUCACACCCGGGCAACGACGACUUUCGCAUUGCCUUCUCCAACAAGGUGUACCAUCGCAGCACGCCUUACCAGCAGCUGUACGCCGUUGGGAUCACAUUGCACGGCAACGCGGACACCACAAAUGAAGUCUUGACCGCAUACUCGCCGGCGGGAGAAGUGUUGGUGCAGUUGACGUCCUUGCCACCAGCGCACAGCCACGGCGAUACAUUCCUUGGUGUCGUGUCCAAUGUGCCGAUUGGCGCCAUCACCUUUGACGAAAACGGACAGGACGACGAUCCCGUCAGCAUCAAGCAGGUGUACAUUGGCGUGCGGGAGGCGAAUCUGCUGGACGACCUGCACCCUGCGCACCGACGGGUGUUCUGGAUUGCCUUCAACAUCUUCAUCGUCAUGAUGCUUGCUGUGGACAUGCUGCUUGGCCGCAGCCGCUCCGUCGUCCUGUUUGACGCCCUCGUCUGGUCCGCCAUCUGGAUUGCGCUCGCCCUCCUCUUCUCCGGGUUUGUGUUCAUCUCCCGCGGGCGCGGCCCUGCGCUGGUCUGGCUCACCUCGUAUCUGCUCGAGAAGUUUCUCAGCGUGGACAACCUCUUUGUCUUCCUCACCAUCUUCGCCGCCUUCCGCACGCCCUCGCAAUACCAGCACAAGGUGCUGUCGUGGGGCAUUGCGGGCGCCAUUGUGCUGCGUGCGGUGUUCAUCUUCACGGGGGUGCUGCUUGUGGAGAAGUUUUCGUGGCUGUUAGCCCUCUUUGGCGUCUUCCUCGUCUACACGGGCGUCCGUGCAAUAGCAGAGACCUGCAGCCAAGACGAAGAGGAGUCGAUGUUUGGCUUUGACGCCGGGAGCAGUGACCACCUCCCAGCCGCUGCGCUGAAGAACAACCUCGCCCUCAGCAUUGUCGGCUCCGUCAUCCCCGUCUCCCGCCGCUACGACCCAAAGGGCCGCUUCUUCGUGCGCGAGGAUGGCGGGGACGAUGCGAGCAUGACGCUGCCUGUCUCCACCCGCGCCGCCUCCCGCUUCCGCGCCCACUGGAUCGCCGCCAAGAACUGCCUCAGCGCGCCCUUCCGCGUGUGCGUGCGCGUGUGCGGGCUGAGCGGCUUCAAAGCCACGCCGCUCUUUGCCGUGCUGGUCAUUGUGGAGACGACGGAUAUGGUGUUUGCUGCAGACUCCAUCCCCGCGGUGCUGUCCAUCACGCAGGACCCGUUUGUCGCCUACACCUCCAACAUCUUCGCCGUGCUCGGGCUGCGCGCGCUGUACUUUGCGCUGGCGGCCGCCAUGACCAAGUUCAGGUACCUCGGGCCAGGCCUGGGCAUCAUCCUGCUGUUCAUUGGCGCAAAGCUGCUGCUGGUGAUGGUGGACGUGCACGUGUCUGUUGAGGCGACGCUACUCGUCGUUCUCGGCACGCUCGCUGCCGCCAUCCUGCUCUCCCUCGCCCGACCAGGGCACAGCAGCGACAGCCAGGGACCCAGCAGCAGCGGCAAGAGCAGCAAGAGCAGCAGCGGCGGUGGCAGCGAUGCCCACCACCAUCACUACCUUCAUGGCUCCACGGACAAGGCGGCUGGGCGGGCUCCGAGGGGCAUGAGCAGCACCAGCACCAGCACCAGCACCAGCCCUGGGGGCGGACUGCCUGGUCUGGCGAUGGGUGGUAACGACGUGAUGUUGGCGUCGCCGCUCUCGCCACCGGGCAGUGCUGGCCACGCUGCUUGGCCACACGCAUCACUGCAGCCAGCAGCACCAGCAGCGGCACAACCUGACACCACCACCGUGACCAUGUUUUCGCAAUGACGUGCUUGCAGCGUGCUGGCUGGCGGCGAGCAGCCAUUAUCACUUGCGAUGGCUUUAACCAACGACAGGCUAGGAAUCCCAUUGUGACGCAACACGUGCACUGCUGCGCUUGCUUGUGCUCCACCCCUCGCUAGCUAGCUACCUACCUUGCAUGCUUGCGAUCGCGCUUGCUUGCUGGCUGGCUGGCUGUUUUUUCCUUGUGCUUGCUAGGCUGUACACGGUUGCUUGACAGGCAGGCAGGCAGGCAGGCUUCUGUGUCCUCUGUGUCUUCUGUGUCUUCUGACGCGUAUGCUCAUUUCAUGUUUGAGAAAUCACCGGCUUCUCCCUGCUCCCUCCGUCUCUCUCUCCACUUUGGCCUGUGUGCGUCUGUUGUGCGUCUGUUCUCGAUUGCCG